UUCUGAGGUAUAAUGAGCCAUGAGUAGAAAAGGGAACUGUGGGCUGUUGGCACAUGGAGAGAUAAUGGGAGGACCUCCUUUACCCACUCUAUUCUAACCUGCUCUUCCUGGAAUUGCCCAGACUUCAACUCCAGAGGUCGGACCUCAUCUAGCCGCCCACAUUCCACAGCUCAGUGUGCACGCCCCUCUGCAGUCACGUGGCUGACAGGAGGACCUGAGCUCUUGACUACGUUUCCCGUGGUGCUUUGCAGCCAGUGUUUAUGACAGUGAAGUGAGGCAGCCUGGUAGCAUAGGAUGUCUAGAGCCCGCUGGAGAGGGGUAGGGGGUACCCUGCUCGGACUGCUGCUCUUUGGAGUAGGCAUAUUGGUGGCAGCGCUGCUUGUGAGGACCUACACUCUUCCUAGCAGCCAGGUCAGCUGGCAGGGGCCAGGGGUGGCAGAAGUGACUUUUGCACCUGAUGAGAGGCAGCUGCUGAAGAGAGCAUUAAUAGGUGCCCUACGCAUUCCCACCGUUUCAUUCUCUGUAACGGAGCAAAAUGUUACAGCUCUGGCCGAGCUUGGAGCAUACAUUAGAAGAGUGUUUCCAAGAGUGUUCUCCUCAAGCAUUAUCAAACAUGAAGUGGUGGCAGAAUACAGUCACCUUUUUGCAGUACAAGGCUCAGACCAAAGUCUAAAGCCCUACAUGAUCCUUGCUCACUUGGAUGUUGUACCAGCCCCUCCUGAAGGUUGGGACGUGCCACCUUUCUCUGGAGAAGAGCGUGAUGGUUACAUAUAUGGAAGAGGAGCCCUGGACAACAAAUGUUGCGUGAUUGGAGCUCUUCAAGCUCUUGAUUUAUUGCUAAAACGAGGCUACAAACCCAAACGAUCAUUCUAUAUCGGACUCGGACAUGAUGAGGAGGUAUCCGGACACGAAGGAGCCAUGAAAGUUGUAGAGAAACUACAAUCUCGUGGAGUAAAGUUGUUGUUUGUGAUAGAUGAAGGGUUGGCAGUCGUGGAGGGAGUCUUACAAGGAGUCAAAAACCCUGUAGCUCUGAUUGGUAUCACUGAGAAAGGAUCCAUUACUUUGAACUUGACUGUGAACCAACCUCCGGGGCAUUCCUCGAUGCCUCCUGCUGAGACUAGCAUUGGGAUCCUUGCAGCAGCUGUGUCCAGAUUGGAAAAAAAUCCGAUGCCUAACAUGUUUGGCGACGGUCCAGAGGCUCUCAUGUUUGAGCAUUUGGCAGGAGAGUUUGCAUUCCCACUUAAUGUCAUGAUGGCAAACCUGUGGCUCUUCUCUCCUAUCAUCAGUAGAGUGUUAGAGCAGAAACCAUCGAGCAGUGCCAUUGUGCGGACAACUACUGCCAUAACCAUCUUUAAUGCUGGCGUGAAGGAAAAUGUGAUCCCUCACACGGCAAGAGCUACUGUCAACUUCCGACUUCACCCAGCCCAGACAGUUGACGAGGUGUUGGACAUAGUGCGGAACACCAUAAAUGAUGAAAGAGUGGACAUUUCAGUUCUUAACUCAUUUAAUCCUCUGCCUAAUAGCCCACAUGAUGAAUCAAACUUUGGGUACCAGACUUUGCAGAAAACUAUCCAUUCUGUGUUCUCUGCAGCCCCAGUUGCUCCAGGUAUCUGCAUUGGAAAUACAGACAGCCGGCAUUUUGUCAAUCUUACUGACAGUAUCUAUCGUUUUAGCCCUUUCAAAUUGAAAGCUGAAGAUCUGAGCAGGAUCCAUGGGUUAAAUGAACGCAUUUCUGUGGAGGGCUUAGAGCAGCUUACGCAGUUCUACUAUCAACUGAUCCAGAAUGCUGACUUUGAUAAAGUUCCCGUUGCUCAUCGAGCCACCCAUGAGCUAUAAUGAUGAUUAGUCUAGCAGUUAGUAAACAGUCCAGAAUACUUGAAUGGUUGGCGGUAAUAUUGUCCAGAAAACUUGAAUGGUUGGCGGUAUUAUUGUGCAGAAUACUUGAAUGGUUGGCGGUAUUAUUGAGUGGUUAUUUUUGUUAAAUUUAUUUUGAAAAUGUAAUUUGUUGACCAGAAAUAGGGAGUGUUUAAUGAGGUGUCAAUAAACGUGUUUGAAGUGAAGACUACUAAUGACUACUAAGUCUGAGAUGACUGAUGCACUGUGAAAGUACAGCCUUUGCCUGAAAAAUAAGUAUAGAAAUAACUACCUUGUUUUCAGGUUGGUAAGGCGAGUCCUCAAUAUAACUAACUAGUGCUUUUAAUGACAAUUUUACACUAGUGUAAUAUAGCUGCCUGCAGAAGUAGAUUCAGAGCCGAAUGCAGGAUAUGCAAAGCCUUCCCCAAAGAGGUAUAGUAGUACCCUUUUAGGUAUGUUUCACAUGGCAAAUUAUCCAUGUGCACUUCGGUACCUAUUCCGUGCCAAAAUCCAUGUGAAAUUCACUUAAUCCUCCUCCAGUUGUUGAUAAACUAUGACUCUUAUGUGAAAUGUGCAGCUCAGGAAGACAUAUCAUAUCACAACAUGGAGAGGAAACCACAGAGGGUGGCCACAUGCAGAUUAGUGUUGGGCGUGAAUAUUCAAAUUUAGAAUAUAGUGAUAUGUAUUUGUGAAUAUUCUUUAUUUUUUUUAUUUUUUUUCAUCUGAACCCAUGAUCCCUCCCUGCUUCUUUCUUGUGGGCCA